AUGCAAGAGCCUAUGACAGAAAAUAGCAAUGUACCCUCUAGAGUGCUUAUGGUUGAUAGCCCUUUAGCCACGCCAGAUUUUAGAGCAUACAGAAUACGCCAGCUAAUUGACGGGGUAACACAGACCUCUUUUGUGCGAGUUCUGUCUAUUCUAUCAGUGGCCUUCAAGCUAUUGCAGAUAGGAAUAAACGUGACUGCGCUUUUUCUUACACGAAAUAGCGAAACGCAGACUCCGUUUAAGCUGUUCAUUAUUGUGUACACAGCUCUAAUAGCAGCACACACAACUUCUUUUGUAAUUAGACAUAAGAGAUACAUAUUCAACCAGGAGCCCCUGGAAUUCUCGCAGAGCGCAGAGUCCACUCUGUUCAACAAUCUGCUGGAUAUUCUAACGCUUUUCCUGUACUUUAUUGGAUUCAAGUGGCUGCAGCAGUACCAGUCCUCAAAGGAUGACAUUCCCAUUCUGUAUAAUCUAACACGGAUUUGGGUCUUUUAUGGAAUUGCUAUUGUGCUUGCCCCAAUCUUCUCGGUUAUUCUAAUCCUUUUGCUGCUAAACUAUGUGCGCCCCACGCUGCCUGUAAUUGAGUAUGCAGUGGGCGGGAAAAUAAAGGAGGAAGACGCGCAGUGUACAAUAUGCUUGGCCCCCUAUGCAGAGAAGGAGCAGAUCAGAAAGCUUCCCUGUAAGCACCACUUUCACAUGACAUGCAUUGACGAGUGGUUUGGAAUAGACGAUGUCUGCCCUCUUUGCAAAAGACCAAUUAACCCGCUGUAUGACAUAGCAGGCAGUUCUCUUUAG